UAUAAUUAAUCAACUUUUGAUUUUGAUUUGUAUAUUUUGGAGAAAUUUGGAAGUUUAGUUGCUUUCUUGUAAGUUGAUUCUUGUAGAUUUAUUGCUUUUGGCAUACGUUGUUGAUUCUUGUUUAUUUCUUGAAAGGGAUUAGUUUCUUGUAGUCUCUUGUUCGUAGUGUUUUGGUGAUGUCUAUGAUUUUGAAUAGCUAGUUUAUAGUAUUACAUUGUGGGUGUCUUGUUUCUUUUAUUAUCUAGCGGUGUGAUUUCCCUUUUUGUUGUUUGCUUAUGUUGGAAUCUAUCGGAAACAACCUCUCUACUUCAUCUGAGGUUGAGGUAGUGGUAUGAACUGCGUGCACUUUACCCCCGACCCCACUUUGUGGGAAUAAAGUUGUUUUCUUGUAAGUUGAUUCAUGUUUCUUUCUUAUAGAUUUAUUGCUUUUGGCAUACAUUGUUGAUUCUUGUUUAUUUCUUGAAAGGGAUUAGUUUCUUGUAGUCUCUUGUUCAUAGUAUUUUGGUGAUGUGUACGAUUUCGAAUAGCUAGUUUAUAGUAUGCCCUUGUGUGUGUCGUGUUCCUUUAUUAUCUAGCGGUGUGAUAUCCCUUUUUGUUGUUUGCUUUAAUGUAUCUGUCCUGAGUUGAGGUAGUGGUAUGAACUGCGUAUACUUUACCUCUGACCUCACUUUGUGGAAAUACACUGGGUAUGUUGUUUUAUUUUAGUUGCUUUCUUGUUAGUUGAUUCUUGUAGAUUUGUUGCUUUUGGUAUAUGUUGUUGAUUCUUGUUUAUUUCUUUAAAGGGAUUAGUUUCUUGUAGUCUCUUGUUCAUAGUGUUUUGGUGAUGCUUAUGAUUUCGAAUAGCUAGUUUAUAGUAUUACCUUGUGGGUGUCUCGUUUCCUUUAUUAUCCAACGGUGUGACCUUUUAGCUUAGUAUUCACUUAUGAGCUAAAAUUCUUUAUAUCUAAUCAAGUUUUGAUUUUGAUUGAGUAUUUUGGACAAUUAGGAAGUUUAGUUGCUUUUUUGUAAGUUGAUUCUUGUUUAUUUCUUGUAGAUUUAUUGCUUUUGGCAUAUGUUGUUGAAUCUUUGUUUAUUUCUUGAAAGGGAUUAGUUUCUUGUAGUCUCUUGUUCGUAGUGUUUUAGUGAUGUCUAUGAUCUCGAAUAACUAGUUUAUAGUAUUACCUUGUCGUAGUGUUUUGGUGAUGUCUAUGAUUCCGAAUAGCUUGUUUAUAGUAUUACCUUGUCGUAGUGUUUUGGUGAUGUCUAUGAUUUCGAAUAGCUAGUUUAUAGUAUUACCUUGUCAUGGUGUUUUAGUGAUGUUUAUGAUUUCGAAUAGCUAGUUUAUAGUAUUACCUUGUUGGAGUGUUUUGGUGGUCUAUGAUUUUGAAUAGCUAGUUUGUUAGUAUUACCUUGUGGGUAUCUUGUUUCCUUUAUUAUCUAACAGUGUGAUAUUCCUUUUUUUUGUUUGCUUUAAUGUUUUUGUUGGCUAUACUGUUAUUUGUCCUGAGCCGCUGGUCUAUCGGAAACCACCCUUCUACUUCAUCUGACGUAGUGGUAUGGACUGCGUACACUUUACCCCCGAUUCCACUUUGUGGGAGUACACUGGCUGCUGGAGCAUUUAUUAUAGUAGAAAUGUUGUUUAGCUCGAGCCUUCUCGCAAUUGUUGGAGCUGGUGAACAGCCGUCUUUGUCCCCUCGAAGACUCUGUUUGUUCAAUACCGUGACCGGAGUAGCUCUUGAGGAACUAAACUUCUUAACUUCUAUCCUUGCUGUUCGCAUGAAUAAGAAAAGAUUGAUUGUCAUACUGCAGGAGAAGACAUUUAUUUACGAUAUAAACAGUCUUAAGAUACUGGACACAAUUGAUACGGUGCCGAAUCCAAAAGGACUUUGUGCAUUUUCACCCAGCUUGGAUGGUUCAUUUUUGGCUCUUCCAGCAAGUACAACCAAAGGAUCUUUGUUAGUCUAUAAUGUUUCCGACCUCUGUUUGCACUGUGAGAUAGAUGCUCAUCGCUCACCAUUGGCUGUCUUGAGUCUUUCUUCGGGUGGAACUCACAUUGCAACAGCAUCGGAACAAGGGACCAUGGUCAGAGUUCAUCUUGUUGCAGACGCAACCAAGUCAUAUAGCUUCAGGAGAGGAUCUUACCCUUCAAAUAUCUUUUCUUUGUCAUUCGCGCCAGCGGAAGAACGUCCAGAUAUUCUUCUUGCAACUAGUUCUUCUGGUUCUGUUCAUGUUUUCUCUUUGGGUUCACCCCCACAUCAAAGGUCUUCUGGUCUUCUAGGAUCAAUAAAAGUACCUCAUACGGUUAGCGAUGCCUUGGAUCCCGCUCAGCAUUGCAUACUGCAUCGUGCUGUUCCGGCAGGACUGAGAAGUACUACGUUGAUCCGCAAAAUAGAGAAAUUUGACGAGACAGCAACGCCUGAACAUGUAGUACUAAGAGCCACCAUAUCUAUGAUCACCUACGGUGGAUACUUCUUAGAGUACGUCUACAACGUCAACCAUCAGAACAAGUCUUCAUGGACUUUGGAACGAGAGUUCAAUCUUUUAACUGCAGAAACAUCCUCGGUAUCAUGAAUGUAAGACUUCGUGCCCCGAUCAUCUGCUUCUUCAAACGUAAAAACUGAAACUGCAGCACGUCCUGCUCGAUCGGUCUACGUUUUAAGAAGAAAAGGUGCAUGACUUGUCCAGUAGAACACAAAUGACAAUGUGUCCAAAAAUGUAUAUGUACUGUGCAUAUAAUAAUUGUAUAGUCAGAAAACUUGAAGUUAAAUUUGUGAAAGUUCAUUUGUAACAUUAGCCUUGUUAUACAUUGAAAUGUAUAUUUUACUUUGGUUUCUAAUAACACUAAGAGUCGUCGUCA